AUGGCGGCGUUCCAGCAUAUCGCGCAGGCACAGUCCACCUAUCAGAUCCCGCUUCUCGCCGGUGACAAUGCGUUUCUCGGCGAUAUUCUCUCCAGCGAUCAGACCGAGCCCGAGAAACCGAUAUCAUGCGGCCUCUUCCGUCUCCAAAAGGGCGAGCCCCUGACAUAUACGUACAAGUACGACGAGAUGAAGAUCAUUCUGGAGGGCAACUUCACAAUCACCGACAGCACUGGGCAGGAAGUCAAUGCCAAGCCAGGAGAUGUCUUCUACUUCCCCAAAAGCUCAACUAUUACUUUCACGACAAGCGAUUACGGGUUGGCCUUCUACUGUGGUCAGAAGACGAAGAACUUUGUAUGA